AUGACCGCCCCGCAAGACCACCCCUACGGCUUCUCGCCCUCGGCCGCCUCGGCCGAAUUCGACGACCAGUUCGACCCGCUCCAGUUCGACGACGACGAGUACGCGCUCGACGGCGACGAUGCAGACGACUGCUUCGGCGCGCUCGGCGGGUCGUUCACGACCUCGGCGUCGGCCUCGUCCGUCGCUUCUUCCCAGGCUGGAGGAGGAGGAGUCGGCAAGAAGGCGCGCGCCAACAACCGCAAGGGACCGCACAACGCCGACAAGCGCGCGACGCACAACGCCGUCGAGCGCAAGCGCCGCGAGUCGCUCAACACGCGCUUCCUCGACCUCGCCAAGGCCCUCCCGACCAUGCAGCACAUCAAGCGCCCUUCCAAGGCCGUCAUCGUCACCAAGGCGCUCGAUUACGUCUACGACUCGCUCUUGAGGGAGCGCGCUCUCGUCGAGGAGAACAACCAGCUCCGCGUCGAGGUCGAUGCGCUCAGGGCCAAGUUGGGACUGCCGAGUCUUCCCCCGCCCAAGCCCCUCCCCGAGUGCAGGCCCGCGACGCAGUCGACUUUGAGGAGAUCGAAGAAGGUCCUCAUGGCCGGCUCGGCGCGCAAGGAGGACCUCGUCCCCGUCGCCGUCAAGCAGGAGCCCGCUCCAGCUUCGGCCUCGGGCAACCUCCCCACCCCGCCUACCGCCUCGCCCUCGACUCCGCCUAUCCCGUCGCCCGCUUCGUACGCGCCCGCUCUGAGCGCCAGCCCGUCCGCCGCGUCGAUCCCGUUCGACUCGACGCAAUCGACGCAGCAGCAGCAGCACCAGCACCAACCUCCGACGUUCCCCCCUUCGCUCUUCGCCAACACCGCCUCGAACCCGUUCUUUGUCGGCCCGUCGCACCCGCCUGCUCCGCCUCCUGCGCUGCACGGACUGUACGCGCCCCAGCACGGACAGGCGCAGCAGAUGAUGCCCCCGCAGUACCAGCUGUUUUUUGCGCUCCAGCAACAGCAGCAAGCUCAGGCUCAGGCGCAGGCGUGGAACAUCCACCAACAGCAAUUUGCUGCGUCGGCUUGGGGAGCGGGAGCGGGAGCCGACUCGCCCGCCAACACGAGUGUGAGCUCGAGCUCGCCUGCUUCGAGCACGAUGUUUGCGUCGGCUGUGCCGGCGUCCUUCGCGGUUGACGGACUGGCUUUCUGA